CGGAAAUAUGAACACUUUCCGUCUUCCAUUUUUAUUUUUAGAUAGUACAAGAUGGCUGGCGGGUGCACCUUUGUAUCGGAUGACAGUAUCAUUCACGAAGAGCUGGAAGUCCUGGAAUCCAUCUACAUUGGUGAACUUGAGGUGGACCAUGAUGACAGAGGCCACCCAUCUAGUAUCAGCCUUCAGCUCCACCCAUCCACAGGCGAAGAUGUGAACAAGAAAUUUGUUUGUAUGACACUCGUACUCAACCUGCCUGGCAGUUAUCCCAUGGAGCUACCAGAGAUCAUCAUACGGAACCCUCGAGGUAUAGGGGAGGAGGAACUGGAGAGCUUACAUGAGGCUAUAAACCAGCUGGCUGAGGAGAGGCGAGGAGGACAUAUGUUGUAUGAUAUUAUAGAAUUAGCCAAAGAAAGUCUGACCGAUGGUAACGUGCCACACUGUCCUUGUACAAUAUGUCUGGAGCACUUUUGUGAGGGAGAGGAGUUUACUCGUACUGACUGUUACCACUACUUUCAUCAACACUGUCUUUACCGCUAUGUAUCACACACUCUCGAGUCACUGAAGAGUGAAGCAAACCAACGUCCCAAAUACAAGGAGCUGGGGCAGGAUGACACUGAUAAGGUAUUUUGUCCAGUCUGUAGGGAAGUCAUUGACUAUGACCUUGACCACUUUAAGUCCUUGAGUCAAGAUCAGGUCCACAAAGAUAAUUGCCUGUUAUACAGACCAUCAGCAGACAUUCUUCAGUGGCAGGUGGAAAUGGCAGCCAUCUUGGAAACCCAGAAACAGAAAGGAGGAAUAAUUGACCUGGAGGAAGAGAAAAACAAAUUUCUAGUAACAGCAGAGGAUACUGUACAACUACCAUGGCAAGGAUCAAGUUCUGAGGUGAACAACUUAGCCAGAUCAAUUAUUGAUAGCAAGACAGUACUGAACGAAGGAAAAGAGAGAGAUCAUUCAGAUUCUAAAACAGAGCGACGGAACAGAGGAGGUGAUCGCCCAAGGCCACGUUCUGGACAUACUGACAGAAACCAAAGGUACAGAGGCCAUAGAAACUAUGACCGGGAUGGACGUCAUUCUUCUGACGGGAGGAGCAGAGGAAGGGUACCCCACAGUUAUCACUCUGGCCAAGGUGAUGACUGUAAAAGGAAAUCAGAUUACCUUAAUGAUAAACGUUCCUGGCAUAGAUCAGACCGGAUAGAUGUAUCAAAAUCUCACCGGACAGAUGUAUCCAAAUCUCAACGGACAGAUGUAUCCACAUCUCAACGGACAGAUGUAUCCAAAUCUCCACGGACAGAUGUAUCCAAAUCUCACCAGACAGACGUAUCCAAAUCUCCACGGACAGAUGUAUCCACAUCUCAACGGACAGAUGUAUCCAAAUCUCCACGGACAGAUGUAUCCAAAUCUCCACGGACAGAUGUAUCCAAAUCUCACCGGACAGACGUAUCCAAAUCUCAACGGACAGAUGUAUCCAAAUCUCAACGGACAGAUGUAUCCAAAUCUCCACGGACAGAUGUAUCCACAUCUCAACGGACAGAUGUAUCCAAAUCUCACCAGACAGACGUAUCCAAAUCUCCACAGACAGAUGUAUCCAAAUCUCAACGGAUAGAUGUAUCCAAAUCUCAACGGACAGAUGUAUCCAAAUCUCAACGGACAGAUGUAUCCAAAUCUCAACGGAUAGAUGUAUCAAAAUCAAACCGGACAGAAGCAUCCAAAUCCGACCACACAGAUGUCAUUGAUGGAGAAGUUUGUUCUCAAAAUGAGGAAUUUCCUGCUUCUAGAAUUGAAAUUGAAGAUGGCAUUAAAAGUGUAGAUAGAACUUCUGCAAUAAAUAAUGAUCCAAAGAAAAACCAGACAAAUGAGGAUAAGGGUAGUUUCUGUGAUACAGACAUGAAACAAGGACACGCAGGUCAUGAACAGAGAGACAAAGAUGUAGUGAUUAUUCCCCCUAACAAAACAGAUAAAGAAACAGACGAAGUGAGCUUAGAAUCUGUGAAAACAAAAACAUUCCUUGAUUCAGGAAAUAAAGGUAAUGCUAGGUAUUUUAACAACACAAACUACAGCGGUCGUGAGAGUAGAAGGCCGGAAAAUGAUAGACGGAAUUUUCAUCAAAGCAAAAAUGAUGACCGGGAAAGAGAACAGUCUAGUUAUGGUAGAGGUCAAGGUCGUUCAAACAGAGGUCUUGGACGAGGAUCAAGGCGCAGUGCCAAUCAGGAAACAGUUAAAAGCAAAAGUGACAAAGGACAGGUUAGUGGCAAAUGUGAUGAAGCAGAGUUUAACGAUAAAUAUGUCAGAAGAGUGGCCAAUGGAAACAGUGACGUAGCAGAGGCAAGUGAAAUACAUGAUAAACCAUUCAAGAGGGUCAAUGGAAGAACUGAUAAAAGAGAGGUUGGCCGUGAUCACACCCAAAGUUUUACAGGACGAAAUCAAACAUCAAGUAUGCACAAAAAUACUUCAAACCACCAAACAGAGCCGCAGCGCUCCAGAGGAGGUGAUCGUAGAAACACAGAGGCUAACUCUCAAAAGUAUAAUGAGAGAUUCAGUCAAGACAAAAAAUAUUCUAACAAAGAUACUGUUGGAAGUGUAGAUGAAAGUGAUAAGAAGACACUUACAAAAAGCCAUUGUGGAGUGAAGCGACCACCACCAGGCUUUGCUCAGGUUCCAAAUGUGAAUAAUGUUACAAUUCCUCCAGGGUUUGAGAAAUCAUCUUCAUUUAGCUAGUUUUUCGUGUGAUGUUAGAAGGUGUGUAUGCUUACAUAGAUACAUGUAUGUGUAAGAUAAUUACACUCUGGUUAUUUGAAUGUAAUUGAACAGAAAUUAAUAUAUUAAGAAAGAUAAUAUUAUGCAUCUGAUUUUAAGCCUAUGUUUGUAAGAACAGCCAACUUUUUAAUAUGUUCCGUUGUUUGGAUACCUGUAGAAUGUGUGAUUCAUACCCGAUUUACAAUGGUAUAAGCAGGAUGGUACUGUUGCUAUUAUUAUAUAACACAACAUUUCGUUG